AUGUCAUCCGAUGCAUUUAGCAAUUUAUUAUAUGCGUCACUAUCAGCACUUGUCGCAAGAACAAUCACUCAUCCACUUGAUACUCUCAAAACAAGAAUCCAAAACUCACCGAGUCAUUCCACCUAUUGGCGUACGGCAACCUCGAUUCUUGGUUCUGAGCAUCCUUCAGUGUUCUUUCGAGGUAUUGGAGUGACUCUCUGUUUUAGUGUUCCUGGAAUGUCUCUUUACCUCGCUACAUAUGAUGAAUUGAAGUUGCGAUUGGGGGAAACUGAAUUAUUGGGUGGAAGUAGCUCGCUCUGGACACAUGCAUUAGCAGGUGCAGGUGCCGAAUGCAUUUCAAGUGUCUUUUGGACUCCUAUGGAAGUUCUCAAAACCAAACUUCAAAUGGGAGUAGGUGCUACUGGAGCUAGUUAUGAUGUGUUGAAUGAGAAAAGGCGAUCAGAAGGAAGUCGAACCCUAAGACUUGCUAAAGAUAUCUACCAGACAUUUGGCAUGCGUGGGUUCUAUCGAGGAUACCUGCUAUCUCAGGCUGUAUUUAUUCCAUAUACUAUGAUCUACUUUGUAACGUAUGAGCAAUUCAAGCAAACUUGGUGUCGGUUGUUUAGCACGAAAUCCUUGACAGAUGAUACUAGUUCCAACCCAGACAUAUCGUUUAGUGGGUAUUUGCUCUGUGCUUCUACAGCAGGGGCAGUUGCAGGCGGGGUUUCCAAUAUAAUGGAUGUUGUGAAAACCAGAGUGCAGGUUACAUCUGCACAAUCAGCAUGGAAGGUCAUUCAUACAUUAUGGACUCGAGAGCGAGGUCCAUUGGCAUUUACCAAAGGAAUGUGGGCACGAAUCCUAUGGGUAACUCCUAGCAUGGCGAUUAGUGUGACAGUGUAUGAGCUAUUUAAAGAAUAUUUUGGGAAAAACAGUCAUGAUUAA